AUGAAUAAAAGUUAAUAUUAAACAAAUUUUGGUGUUGCAAUUACUAUCAUCAUCGGGUGCGUAUUAGGUGUUUAAAUAUUUUUAGUAGGCUAAGAGGUAAUUUACAAAACAAACCCUAAUUUUAUUUUUGUUGAGCAAUUUGUAGCCAGUCCAGCUAGAUUUAACAUAACAAGGAAAACAUUUAAUUUUGCAUUUGGUGCAUAAUUUCCUGGUAACUUCUCGCAGUUCCUUGAUGAGUCUAUUUACACAGUUUCUGCUGUGCAAGUUAGUAUGCAGAAGAAAUUUAAUUAAACUAGCGGUGAGUAUUACUAAGAUUGGAACAACCUUCCUAUAGAUGUCCAUCCUUGCUCAUCAAAAGAUUUUGAAGUAGAAGAGUCUAUUGAUUACUUUAAUACAUUAGUUGGUUUAGAAAAUAUGUAUUGUCUAGAUUAUGAUAGUUAAGAUUUACAUAUGGAAGGAAAUUUCGAUUAAGAUUAAUAUGGGCUAAUAUAAAUAUAUUUUAAGAAGUGCACUGGAAAAUCAAAUUGUAGAGAUCCUGAAGAGAUAAAUUAAAUUUUAACUAAUUCUUUUGUUUCCCACUACACAAACGACAUUAUAACAAAUCCUAAACAUUUUAAUCCUUAUUAAAUUAUAUCAAGAGAUAUGUACUGGAGUACUAAUCCAAUCUACUCAAAAGAUGCUUAUCUUUAUUAUAGAAACGUUUAUGUUGAAACUGAUAAUGGGAUAGUUUUUGAAGAUAUCAGCACUUAAAGAAAACCUUCGCUCAGCUACACUGAAGAACAGAUUAUAUUUGGAGAGACUGAAUAUUUUUUUUAGAUGAAGCUGAGAUUUGAAAAGGCAAAAGAGUCUAAAUAUCAUAGAAAUUAUAAAAAAUUAGAUAGUAUUCUGGCUGAAAUAGGUGGUAUCGCUAAAGCAUUAGUAAUUAUUGGUUUCGUUAUUUGUGUUCCUAUUAAUUAACUUUAACUCUAUGGCAAACUUUCUAACACUUUAUUUAAAUAUUCAAAUUUUCAAAACAUAAUAAUACAAUAAACUGAUAAUGCUAUACCAAAAAGUGCAGUGAAAACCUUUGUUGAAAUAAUAGAAGCUCAAAAGGAACAGAAUAAUAAAUAUAUUAAUUAAUAAAAUUUAGAUAAUACUUAAGUUUAUUUUGAAAAUUAAUUUUUAGAUAAGCAAUAGCAGAUAACUAAAGAAUCUUAAGUAUUUGCAUCUUAGCAAUAAUUUUAAGUCUUUAAAAACUAGAUUUCUUCCCAGUAAUAUGUAAGGGGAUAAUCAUUCGAAAAAAAUUUUUAAAAUGAGCAAAUUUAAAGGUAAACCAGUAAAAUUAGAAAAAAAUAAAAUACAGAGCCAAUAGAAUUCAACAAAAAUUAAAGUAAUAAAAUUAUCAAAAGUAAAACAUAAACUUAAACUAAUAUUUAUCAAAACCGGGCUAAAAACUAUUUUAAUAUUUUUGAUAUUAUUAAAAUAACUAAAAAUAUGAAAUAAAAAUAACCUUAGUAACGUGAACAGAUACCUCAAGCAGAGAAAUAAAAUAAGAUACAAAAUAUUGGAUAAUAAUUAAACUAAUAAAAUAUUUAAUAAAAUGAAUAAAAAUAAUAAUAAAUCUUAACUAAUAAUUAGGAAUUAUUUAAUUAAAGUGAUAAUUAAAACAAAUAAUAUGAAAAUUUAAAUUUAGGUUGGUCUGAUUAUAUCAAAUAUUAUCUUUGGCCAUUCGGAAGCUAUGCCAAAAAGAAGAAAUAAAUUGACUACUCAGUAGAAAAGAUUUACUAACAUUUUGAUAUAAUCUAUAUCAUUAAAAAGUUACUAGAGUUCGAAAAAGUUAAAUAAAUUUUACUUAAUGAAGAUUAGAGAAAGCUAAUAUAGUUCUUCCCAAAACCAUUAAUUAAUGUAGAUGAAAUAGAACAAUAUAAAAUAGAAGAAAAAGAGCUUAUUAAAUCAUAAAAAAAUAUACAGAAAUACGAGUAAAAAAAAUAAACAGUCAACAUACUUAACAAUUAACAAAUAAAUGAAAAGUAAAGAGCAAAAGAAGCUUAUCAAGCUUUGUAAAAUAUCAUAAAAAAAGAGAAACUAAGUGAAAUAGAUAAAAAAAUAUUAGAAAUGCUAGACGAUUCGAUAUUGGAAAAUAUCCACAAUAAUGCUGAAUACCUUCAAUAAUAAUACUAAUAAUAACAAAUAAAUUUUUAAGACAUAAACUCAUGUAUAAUUAAUGAUUAAAGGUAAUUCUAUUAAGAACACGUUUAAAGUUUCAACAACUAUCUAAGUAAAGAUAGUAAAGAUAUUUAAUAUCCAAAAAUAUAAAAUGUAUAGAAUGAUAUUGAAGAGAUCUAAAGUAAUUCUCUACGUAGUUCAUUCAAUUAAUAAAUGAUAAAUGAAUUAGAGCCAUAAUAAAUAACUUAUAUACAAAACAUAAAAUUAUAAAAUUUUAAAUAAACUUAAUUUAAUUCAACUAAAAAGAUUUGA